AAAAUAAAGGAAAUAGAGAAAAGUGGGUGGCAAAAAUGAGAAUAAAAUUGAGGACCCAAACCAAGAAAAGCUAAACAAAGUUGAAUUAGAAGCAGUAAACCAAAGUGUGACUUUUCUUUUAAAAUUGGGAUCAACUUGCUACGCGAAUGGGGAGAAAGUAGGAACCCCAAGCAGGAAUCGCAGAGCCUCCCUCAACCACACGCCGGCUCACUGCACGUGGCGUGACUUCUCCACGCCUCCAGCAGUCCGCUCUUCAAAGGAUUCAGACCCUCUUUAGAGACAGGCUGCAGGGUGAGGAUGCUUAUCACCGACUCAAUUUCAUCUCUUAUCAUACCAGCUCUUGGAGUGGGUGGUGCACAUGGAAAGCUUCCAUCAUUUAAAAAGGGUAGUCAACAAUGGGAGAAAGCAAGGCAUAAAACCUCAUGCUCUUUUCAAGUUUCAGUUCCUCCAGGGGUUCAAUUCAUGAAAUCCAAUGCUGGGCAGUGCUUCAACUCACAAGCAUUAGCUUUGGUGCAAAGAUUAGCACUCCUUGAUUUGGAUCCUUCCACUGCCAAGUUGGCCAUUGGCUUUGUUGAACCCCUCUUAUCGGUGUUUUCUUUCUUGUUCAUUAUGAGGAUAGUGAUGUCAUGGUACCCUAAACUCCCUGUCUGGAAAUUUCCUUACGUGAUAGUGUAUGCACCAACAGAGCCUUUCUUGAGCGCAACGCGAAAAGUGAUACCCCCUCUUGGCGGAGUGGAUGUCACACCUGUGGUCUGGUUUGGACUGGUCAGCUUCCUUAAUGAAAUUCUGGUUGGCCCUCAAGGCUUGCUUGUUCUCUUAUCUCAACAAUUAGGCUCCUAAGGGUCAUGGUAUGGAUGUAAUUAUGUCCACGGCAAUACACUGGUCACUUUUGUACACGGCAUUGACGUAAACAUAUGUGUGUGGUAAGUGGUAACCAUGGGCAGAAGACCCAGAAAUCUGAGGGACAUGUGCACACCACAUUUUUACUAAUUAUUGGAUAAUACGUAGUAAUCUAUAUAAUAACCCUUACGUAGUAUCUAUUAUCUAUUACUAAUAUUACUAUAUAAAACC